GAUUUAAAGUACUUGAGGAAAUUGGCUGUUCAGAAAGCCCAUACAAUCUUUUCAUAGCCACUGAUUAGAAACCGCUUCGAUGUAAAAAUCUACCUUAAGGCUAUUCAACCUGUUCUACAUAUACUUCUACGUAACUCGCAAUUGUUAAACGUUUGUUUCUCGGUCACACAUUAGCAUCACGAAUUUUCGGUUAAAAUCACAACUACUUUUAGGUUGCGGUAGUAUAUACGCGCCUCCAACUCUACUAGGCGGUUCCAUAUCUCUAGAAUAAAAAGGCAAAGUUUUAUUUUGACUUCGACUCGGCUGGCUACGAUGAAGCGCUUCUUUUCAACGACGAUAUUUUUACUUCUGUUAUUUACUGGAGUCAAGACGGAAUCACGUGGAGGACAAACAGGGGACGACGAUGGCGACGAUGUUUAUGAAGUUGUCCUUAACGAUGUCUUGGUGGCAUUGAAUGAUGCUGUGAAUUACGUAAGCCAGAAGUACCGGGAGGUGAACCUGGAUGCUGUACUUGGUCUUCGAAUGGCCGAAGGCCAAUUAAGCGUACUUUUGGAAAGAAUGGAAACUGCCGAGACGGUCCCGCACAUACAAGAAAUGACACUGGAACGAAUUCGGGGUUUACAAGAAAAAAUGUCGUUUCUGUGUGAUAUAACCCAGCCCCAGUUAACCAAGUCAGACCCCGAACAACUUGCAUGUAAGUUUGCAUACAAGUCAUAUUAA